AUUUUAAAUUGUCCCAUGAAAUAUUGAUACAUUUUUCAUCAGCAUUGUUUCUGAUCUAUCUAUAUUUGUUCUGAAGAAAAGAAAAUAAUUUGAAUAUGGGAUGGAAGUUGUAGAAACAACCAGUUGAAGAACCAGCAGAUUCAUGUUGAACUUUCUCUGUACAAAUGCUAAAACAGAGAUUGAAAUAAGGAUAUACUUGCUGAUUUGAGCAAUAUAAAAGAAUUUUUCCGUUGGAUAAAGAUGAUCUGGCCUUCAGAUCUACUGUCUUCUUCCACAUGGUGCCUCCUCGUCCUCAUCAUUGUUUUGAUCAAAUAUUAUUUGCAUCGGAAAUGGAGUUUGUUAAAGAACUUGAACGUUCCGCAUAUUCCUCCAUCUAUCAGAAAUUUUGGGAAUGCACGGGCAGUAUGGUCAGAAAAGCCAUUCAUGUUUGAUCUUGAAUGCAAAGAAAAGUUUGGUCCAAUUUAUGGGUUUUAUAUUAUGACCAAACCCAGAAUUGCCGUUCAUGAUUUAAACAUUCUGCAGCAAAUAUUUGUGAAGGAUUUUUCAAAUUUCACUAAUAGAGCAGAAAAUCUUAACCCGGUUGAAGAAUCAGUGGCAAAUGGUUUAUUGUUUAUUGAAGAUGAACAUUGGAAACGUGUCAGAACAACAAUGACUCCAGCAUUUUCAAGUUUAAAACUAAAAUUGAUGACAGGAAUUGUUGAGAGAUGUGUCAGCAAUACUAUAGAGGUGUUAGAGAAAAAGUGUAAAAAUGAAAAUGGCAUUUUCAAUGUGAAAGAUGUUUUUGGAAGAUUAUCUCUUGAUGUUAUUUGCGCAUCUGCUUUUAGUACUGACAUCAAUUCUCAGGAUACCUCCAAAAAAGAACCCCAGAUUUCUAUUCAGGCUAAAGAAAUAUUUAAGGCGGGAUUUUUUAACAUAUAUUUUCUUAUUGGGAUUUUGUUUCCGUUUCUUAUCCCCUUCAUAGGAAAGAUAUUGGCGAAAAAACCCUUUAUGGUUUACUUCAAGCAACUAUGCAAUAAAAUCAUGAAUCAGAGAGACGAUCAUCAACAUGACAAUAACCGUGUGGAUUUGAUGCAGAUUAUGUUAGACUAUAAAGUGUCUGAUACAGUGAUUAAAGAAGGCGCCAGAAAAGGAAUGUCAGAAAUUGAAGUUAUCGAAAAUUCUGUGACAAUGCUUUUAGCAGGAUAUGAUACUACAAGCAUUGCAAUGGCAAAUUUAAUAUAUAAUUUGGCUCAAUAUCAAGACGUACAGGAGAAACUCCACUUGGAAAUUGAUGAAGUGUUUCGUAAAAAAGAUGGAAAUUUAGAUUAUGAUAGUGUUAAUGAAUUAAAUUUCCUUGAUUUGUGUAUAAAUGAAAGCAUUCGUUUGUAUCCUCCAAUUGCUAAAACAACAAGGGUGGCUAAAAAAGAAAUAAACAUCCAUGGAUUGACUAUACCAGCUGGAAUGCUUAUGGUAAUGCCCAUUCAUGCAUUAUGCCAUGAUCCUGAAUACUGGGACGAUCCAAUGGAAUUCAAGCCGGAGAGAAUGAAAUACAUGGAUGGAAUGAAUCCCAUGGUUUAUCAACCAUUUGGUAGCGGACCAAGAAACUGCAUUGGAAAGAGAUUUGCACUCAUGGAAAUGAAAAUAGCAAUCUGUAAAUUACUUCAUCAAUAUAAAUUUGUCCCCACAAGUGAAACUCCAAAACCUCCAUUGAAGUUGAAAUUUGAUCUCACAGUUCAUCCUAAAGAUGAAAUCAGUCUUAAAGCUAUUCUUCGACAAAACCCUGGAAUGCUUAUGGUAAUGCCCAUUCAUGCAUUAUGCCAUGAUCCUGAAUACUGGGACGAUCCAAUGGAAUUCAAGCCGGAGAGAAUGAAAUACAUGGAUGGAAUGAAUCCCAUGGUUUAUCAACCAUUUGGUAGCGGACCAAGAAACUGCAUUGGAAAGAGAUUUGCACUCAUGGAAAUGAAAAUAGCAAUCUGUAAAUUACUUCAUCAAUAUAAAUUUGUCCCCACAAGUGAAACUCCAAAACCUCCAUUGAAGUUGAAAUUUGAUCUCACACAAUAUAAGGGACUGUUAUUAAAAUUUUUCAGUUGGAUAAAGAUGAUCUGGCCUUCAGAUCUACUUUCUUCUUCUAAAUGGUGUCUUCUUGUUCUCAUCAUUGUUUUGAUCAAAUAUUAUUUGCAUCGGAAAUGGAGUUUGUUAAAGAACUUGAACGUUCCUCAUAUUCCUCCAUCUAUCAGAAAUUUUGGGAGUGCACGGGCAGUAUGGUCAGAAAAGCCAUUUACGUUUGAUCUUGAAUGCAAGGAAAAGUUUGGUCGAAUUUAUGGGUAUUAUAUUAUGACCAAACCCAGAAUUGCCGUUCAUGAUUUAAACAUUUUGCAGCAAAUAUUUGUGAAGGAUUUUUCAAAUUUCACUAACAGAGUUGAAAAGCUUAACCCAUUUGAAGAAACAAUGUCAAAUGGUUUAUUGUUCAUUGAAGAUGAACAAUGGAAACGUGUCAGAACAACAAUGACUCCAGCAUUUUCAAGUUUAAAACUGAAAUUGAUGAAAGGAAUAGUCGAGAGAUGCGUCAGCAAUACUAUAGACGUAUUAGGGAAAAAGUGUAAAAAUGAAAAUGGCAUUUUCAAUGUGAAAGAUGUUUUUGGAAGAUUAUCUCUUGAUGUUAUUUGCGCAUCUGCUUUUAGUACUGACGUUAAUUCUCAGGAUACCUCCAAAAAAGAACCCCAGAUUUCUAUUCAGGCUAAAGAAUUAUUUAAAGCGGGAUUUUUUAACAUAUAUUUUCUCAUUGGGAUUUUAUUUCCGUUUCUCGAAACCUUCAUAGGGAAGAUAUUGGCGAAAAAAUCCUUUAUGGUUUACUUCAAGCAACUAUGCAAUAAAAUCAUAAAUCAGAGAGACGAUCAUCAACAUGGCAAUAACCGUGUGGAUUUGAUGCAGAUUAUGUUAGACUAUAAGGUGUCUGAUACAGUGAUUAAAGAAGGCGUCAGAAAAGGAAUGUCAGAAAUUGAAGUUAUCGCAAAUUCUGUGACAAUGCUUUUAGCAGGAUAUGAUACUACAAGCAUUGCAAUGGCAAAUUUAAUAUAUAAUUUGGCUCAAUAUCAAGACGUACAGGAGAAACUCCACUUGGAAAUUGAUGAAGUGUUUCGUAAAAAAGAUGGAAAUUUAGAUUAUGAUAGUGUUAAUGACCUAAAUUUUCUUGAUUUGUGUAUAAAUGAAAGCAUUCGUCUGUAUCCUCCAAUUGCUAAGACAACCAGGGUGGCUAAAAAAGAAAUAAACAUCGAUGGAUUGACUAUACCAGCCGGAAUGCUUAUGGUAAUGCCCAUUCAUGCAUUAUGCCAUGAUCCUGAAUACUGGGACGAUCCAAUGGAAUUCAAGCCGGAAAGAAUGAAAUACAUGGAUGGAAUGAAUCCCAUGGUUUAUCAACCAUUUGGUAGCGGACCAAGAAAUUGCAUUGGAAAGAGAUUUGCACUCAUGGAAAUGAAAAUAGCAAUCUGUAAAUUACUUCAUCAAUAUAAAUUUGUCCCCACAAGUGAAACUCCAAAACCUCCAUUGAAGUUGAAAUUUGAUCUCACAGUUCAUCCUAAAGAUGAAAUCACUCUUAAAGCUAUUCCCCGACAAAACCAUUCAAUGUAAUUUUGUUUGAAUUUUAAUAUAGAAAACAAAAAGUUAUAAAUACGGUACUUGAAGACCUGCAGCUGACCUGAUAAAAAGACACAAUUGUUUUUCUUAGCAAAAAUGUAUUUCCUUGCAUAUUACGGGUACCUUAUGUCAUAUUAUGACCAUAUAACUUUCUAUAAUGCAAGUACCAAGAUAAGGAAAUGUUACACAAGGAAUUGUCUUGAUGAUGUGCAUGCUGUAUAGCAGGGGUGAGCAACUUCUCUAGUCAGCGGGCCAGAUGUACGAAAAUGAACCGGAUUAUUACAAAAAAUACUUCGGUAUCCAAUCUUUGAUAAAUGCUCGACACUCUCUGUCAACUUAUGGUGUUUCUUUCACCUGCUCGCACUGACAGUGCGGUGAGAGUAGAGCGAUCGGCAACUUUCAGGAAUGAUGCGUCGGACCACAUUACAGAGUGUGGUUGGAUACAGUCAGCGGGCCGUUCAAAAUCUGGUCGCGGCCCACGGGCCCUAUGUUGCCCACCUCUGCCGUAUAGUCUAGUAGCUUAAGUUUUGUAAAGAAGCCUUUGUUUCUACAAUGAUUCAUUUUUUGCCAAUUUAUAUUGCAACUUGUAUUGAAAUUUUAAAUCUGCAUGUUUUCUCAUAUGCAAAUUUGAAAAAAAACAUCAUGAAAAGAAAUUAAAUUGUAUAUUAAAGUGUAUUUGUGCAAUUAACACUACUUUAUGUUAACAAUUUGUAUAAUAUAUCAAAUUAAAUUAUAUAUUAGAGUGUAUUUGUGCAAUUAACACCACUUUAUGUUAACAAUUUGUAUAAUAUAUGUAUAUAUAAUUGCACGAUACACACCCAAAAAAUAAAAUGAAAUUUUACAAUUGAGUGUCUUUUAAAUGAUUUGAUAAAAUUUUCGUCCUAAUCAGGUUUUAAUUGUUACUUUUACAAAUUAAUAUCAUGCAUUUAUGUACACUUAUGAGAUUAUCCUAUUAUAACUAUUUCUUUGUAUUUACCUAUUAGCUAUGUUUAUAGGGUUUGGGUCUCACAAGCCUUUUCUGUAUCAUGCAAUUUGUAUACUUUUGAGAAAUGUUUGUGCCAUAUUUUGACUUUUUGUAGCUGUUAUCAACUAAAAUAUUAUAUCUAUUAAGGUUCUCUCUGAUAACAUCAAUUUUUAUUUAUAAUAAUUUAAAUUUUGAGCCACUGGAUUGCGUUAUUAAUAAUAAUUGCAACCUCUGUCACAUGCAGUCAUAUGUAUUUUUAUUAGGAAUGAUGUGCUUCAACCUAAUCCUACUCUUGGGUAUAUUGAACUGUAUUCUAUUUGCCUACGAGUAGUUUUUCUUCCAAUCAUGACAAUGUCAACCAGAGAUAUGUUCCUGGCCCUGCCUUGUAAUAUAAUUUUUUUUGUUUGCUUUCAUUAGCCUGUUGCAACUUUCCAGUGUUGAAAUACUUAUAAACAAUUAUUACAUUUAUACAGAUUUUAAAUCUAAAUGCAGUAGUUUAAUAUUUAUGACAUGGAUAUUAUUUGAUGAAAAAGAUUUAAAAGAGAAAUUUGAGUUUUUCUAAACAUUGUCUCAUGAGAAAGUGUAUUAUGAGUGCAAUAUGGAUUCUACGUUGGAUCACAGAAUGAAAUUUCUGAAUUCGACAAUGAUGUUUUUGAAAUCAAGACAACAGUAAGCUGAUGGAUAUUUUUGAAAAAUAUUAAAAACAAAUUUAUGUAGGUCAAAGACUUGAUCAAUAUUGACUUACGUCGGUGUAUGUCAAAGACUUGAUUAAUAUUGUCUCACAUGACACUGACAAAGCAACUGUGUACUUUGGACCAUAUUGUCAUUAUUUUUAAUAAAUAAUUUGAAUCAUAUGAAUGGUUCCAUAAUAUAUUUAUGAUUUAAAUCAAAAUUGUUCAAAAAUAUGUUAGCUUAACUCAGCAUUUUUAAUCAAUCUCUGCAAUAUGGAUUCUACAUUGGAUCACAUAAUUGACUUACUGACUUUGACUAUAAAGCUUUUGAAAUCAAGACAAGAUUGGUAGGUCUAACAGUAAUUUGAGGGAUAAUUUAAAAAAAUGUUAAACACGAAUUCUAGUCGCUAUGUAGGUCAAAGACUUGAUCAAUAUUGACUUAUUCGACUCUCAUGACACUGACAAGCGACGGGUGUACUUUGGACCAUACUGUCAUUUUUUUUUUAAAUAAUUUGAUUUAUAUAGAAUGGUGAAUAAUAUAUUUAUGAUUUUAAUCAUAACUGUUCGAAAGUAUGUUAGUUCAACUGAGCAUUUUACAACUAUGUACAAAAUGUCCAUUUUGUCAAUAUUUCUUAUAAUAUUAUAUAUACCGCCAUCGCUAAUAUUUAUAUACACGAGUAUUUUCAUAUGUGUUUACCUGCUUAUAAUAAUAUGGUAUGUAAAAAUAUGUUGAUAUUUUACAAUGUAAUUCAUACCAUUCCAGUAAAAUUCAAAUUGCAGCUUUUUUUCGUUGUGGUCACUGGCAAACAAAUAUUUUAUACCUUUUAAUUAAUCUUUUAUAUUAUUAUAUUUGUAAAUAGUAAACAUUUGAAAGAUUUCAGUAUAUACUAAUUUCCUUUUGCACUGAUGGCUCACAUUCCAAUGAUAAAUGAAAAUGCUGUUAUCAAAUAAUUUUCAAAAUUGAAGAAUAUUUUGCAUAUCAGCAUUUAACCCAUAUGUUAACCAAAACCUUUAUUCUGUUUUAUUUUGGCCAAUUCUGAUGCCAGGUUCUUUAACAGAACCAAUGCAGUUUUGCUAUGUACUAUCAGUUCUGGCAUUGUGUUGUAGUGUCUUCAAUUAUCUUUCAACUUAUCUUUAUUCAAAUUGAAACGAUCUGCCCUAAUCAAUAUAAUAAGAUAUCAUGACAUAACUUGUGUUAUUGAGCUGAUCAGAUUCAUGCUUUUGAAAUUUUUGUUAAAAUUCUUUGUAAGCUCUUAACUUGCGGACAUUAAUUUGUUUAAUCAAGUGGCAAAUGUCAGAAUAUUCAACUUGAACUCCCAGUUUCAGUAAGAAUGCUGGAUGAAAGCAAAAAAUUACUGCAACUAAAUAUUGCAUUAUGAUUGGAACUACCAUUGUGUUAUAUUUUACAGA